AUGGCGUCAUUAAAGGCGCGUGUAGAAGAAAUUGUACGUGGCGAUGCCGCCAAAAACGCCCUACUUGAGGAGAUGUUGGCAGACAUCGAACAACUGACACAGCAACGCGAUGCCGCGAGGAAUGAGCUCGAUAUGGCCCGAGAUACUGCUCGCACGUAUUAUCAGAAGAUGGUCCAAGCAGAAUCGGAGAAGUCGCUGAUAAAGACAUCCAUGGAGGAGUGCGACAGAUUUGUUCUCGUCUUGGUUGAUGGUGACAGCAUGCCGUUCCUUGAUGAAUUUGUGUCCAGAGGCCUGGAAGGUGGUGAAGAGGCAGGCAAACACCUUCGAGCAGCAAUCCUGGAAUAUUACAAGACAAACACCAGAUACCAUGCCGAUGACCGGGUCAUCAUUCGUGUCUAUGCCAACUGCCAUGGUCUGAGCCGAACUUAUAAAACAGCUAAAAUCAUCCCCGACGAGAUAGUCUUCGACCAAUUCAUGGUUGGAUUCAACAGAAGCCACCCCCUCUCGGACUACAUCGACGCAGGGAACCACAAGGAGGCUGCCGACUCUAAGAUGAAAGCAAACCUCGAGCUUUUCUAUCGCAAUUAUCACUGUCAACACAUUGUCUUUGGUGGCUCGGCAGAUAGCAGCUACGCUGGCUUUCUCGGUCCGUAUGCACUCCCAAACGCGCUCAACGAUCGCAUCACACUGCUUGAAGGCCCACCCUUCCCCUAUGACCUCAAGAAAGUUGCCCAAGGCUUUCAGCAAACGUCAUUCAAGGCCAUCUUUCGGUCCACCAAGAUUCAGAUCAUCCCGAACGGCACCGCCACUGUCGUCGCAGGUGUCAAAAGACCUGCACCUGAACCGUUGUCAGCAGUGCGAGAUCGGCCAUCGCCGCGGCCAGUGGCUGCGGUUCUUACGCCUCCAAAAGCCCAGCCUGGUCUCAAUGCUCAACAACCAGCGGUAUCUCCAAUUGUUCCGUCGCCGAUUAUCUACCAGAACCAAUAUGGACAGCGACUGGACAUACCGCUCAAGAUCGACAAACAGUAUCUCCAGUACCUCUACGACUACAACUCACGUCUCUGCAACAAUUUCUACCUCAAAGGCCAAUGCACUUACGGCGCCAACUGUGAAUGGGAUCAUUCACAAGUCCUCAACCAGGUCCAGCUCGAUACCUUUCGACACAAAGCUCGAACUUCAGCCUGCCGAAGUGCGUUUUGUCAGGAUCCUCAAUGCCCGCUUGGCCACAUGUGCCCGCGCAACGGAGCAUGUAACAUACCUGCGUGCAAAUUUCUUCCUGAGAUGCACCACAUCGACAUGAGCCAAGUUUACGAGUGCAACACUGCUACCAAAGAGAGGAAAAAGGUGUCGGUGCCCGCCUAG